AUGAGCGUUUACCGUCGAGGCCUUGCCGAAAUCGGCAUUAAUAGGACGCCGCUGCCUAAUCGAAGCAAACCUGCUACUUUGAAGGCGAAUAUCAACAGCGAAGAAAAGCUGAAGAAUAGCGCCGAUUCUACAACACUUUCAACUGUGCCUGAGAUUGACUAUUCAUCGCGAGUUGAUGAUGACCAUUAUUACAUGUUGAAGUCGCCUUAUCAACUCAAAACUCCGGUCAUCCGAGAAUCUACUCCAAAGAAGAUGGAAUUGCUGCAAGAUGAGGAACCAAUCGAACGUUUUGAUGGAGUCGACGAUGAUGGACGAUUUCAUCUCGAAGAAUUCGCCAGGCCCGCUCCCGUACUUAAGGCUACUUUAACUCAAUAUGUUGGAAACGCUGAGCCCAUUGAGCGUUUUGGAGGAACGGAUGAAGAUGACGGUCGUUUUCAUUUUGAUGAACCAUUUGGAGAUUGUCCAGUUCUUUUGGAGCGUGACUAUGGGAUGGACCAGAAUUUAUCGAAAGCUGACGUGGAAAGGUAUAGUCGUCAGCUACUUGUUCACGAAUUUGGAGUCAAUGGUCAGAAGGAACUGAAAGCGGCACGAGUGUUGGUGGUGGGUGCGGGUGGACUUGGAUGCCCGACAGCCAUGUACCUAGCAGGAGCUGGUGUUGGAACGCUUGGAAUUGCUGAUUUUGACAUGGUUUCCAAGGAUAAUCUCCAUCGUCAAGUUGCCCAUUCGGAGACGCUUGUUGGAAAAUUGAAAGUGGAUUCAUUGAAGCAAAGUAUUCUAAGUAAUAUCGCCGUGCGAACAUUUUCGACGGUGUUGAAUGGAGCACAAACGAUGGACAUAGCCAAGGAUUUUGAUGUUGUUGCCGAUUGUUCAGAUAAUGCAGCUACAAGAUAUAUGCUCAAUGACGUCUGCGUUUUUCUCAAUAAGCCUCUGGUUAGUGGUAGCGCAUUACGCUGGGAAGGUCAACUUACUGUCUACAAUUACGGAGAGGAUGGUCCAUGUUAUCGCUGUCUCUUCCCACAUCCACCAGCCGCACAUUUGGUCACUAACUGCAGUGAAGGAGGGCAAAAAGAUUGUGCCGUUUGUGGGGAAGCACCCACAAUUCACGCUCCGAUCGAUUACGAAGUCUUUUGUGGCUCCGGGGUUGUAGAUAAGAAUCCAUCACUCUCGUUGUUGGAUCCAAAUGAACGCGUCAGCGUGAGCGAGUAUUCGACGGCGAGAAAGUCACCGACCAUUUUGGUAGACACUCGACCCAAACACGAAUUUGCGAUUGCAUCGCUUCCCGAAGCACGAAAUAUUCCAAUGGAUUCGUUAAAGCAACUGGAAGACAUAGAACUACGAAAGUUGCUGGGAUUGUCUGAAGCGGCUGAUGUUUUCGUGAUUUGUCAUCGCGGAAACGACUCUCAGUUGGCGGUUCGAUUGAUACAGGAGCGUUUCAAAUCAGAGAUCGAAUCUAACGGAUUUCAAGUGAAAGACAUCGUCGGUGGAUACGAUAGAUGGGCCGAAGAGAUUGAUCAAGAAUUUCCAAGAUAU